AUGUUCGGCAACAAAUUAGCGAUCAGCAGUUUGUCGUUGGGCCAGCACCCUUCUCACCUGCUUGACCACAAAAUCAUAGUCGCAGCUUCUCACGGUUUUGCGGGGAUUGAAAUUGUCUUCUCUGAUCUGGAAGUGUACGCCCGGACAAAAGAACUAUCCUUCUCCGAGGCAGCGGAGGAUAUUCGGAGGAUAUGUGAAACACAUCAGGUAGAAAUCCUAUCGCUGGCUCCGUUCGAGAACUUUGAGGGUCACAACUCACCCCUCGAGGGAAGGCUGGAAACCGCCAAGAAGUGGAUCAACAUAGCGAGAAUCCUUGAAGCGACGUACCUCCAAGUGCCUGCGCAAUAUAGCAGCGACAGCACGGGAGAGGAGGCAGUGGUCGUCUCGGAGCUACAGCAGCUGGCAGACAUUGCCAGUGCCCAACAGCCGAUUGUCGCCAUUGCAUAUGAGCCUAUGUCAUGGUCGACCCAUUGUUCGACAUGGCAGAGCGCGUUACGCAUCACGCAAGCUGUGGAUCGACCGAACUUUGGGCUCUGCCUGGAUAGCUUCCACGAGCUCACCAAACUAUGGGCCAGUCCAUUUGAUCCGGAUGGUAAACUACCUAACGCGGAUCAUAAUCUACGAGUGUCACUGCGCGAUCUUCAAGACCAUUGUCCUCUGGAUAAUAUCUUCUACGUGCAACUCUCAGACGGUGAACGAUUUGAUCCUCCCUUUUCAACAUCCCAUCCGUGGUAUCUUGAAGGUGAAGCGCCGCAGUUUAUCUGGUCACGGCAUGCUCGACCAUUUCCCCUGGAGACCCAGCUGGGUGCAUAUAUGCCACUACAAGAAGUUGUAAAGUCCUGGAUUGCAGAUAAAGGUUUCAAUGGCUGGGUCUCAUUAGAAACUUUUGACCGGAGAAUGCGGGUAGCUGAGUUUCAGUCAGUAACUGCUGCCCAGCGCGGCAGGCAGUCCUGGCGCAAGCUACAAGACGCACUGCUAGUAAUUAAUAGCAAUAUAUAG